AACAGCUGCAGUCACAUCCUGUGAUCAUAAAGAUACACCUGAAUCUCUGAGUGAACUGUGCAGCGGCCGCCGAGUUGCAUUAUGGGUAAUGUAGGCACCAAGAAAGAAGAACGUGUGGAAUAAAAAAAAAAGACGAUAUCUCUGUUUCUGCUGCAUCAAUUUUCACCCUUUUUUUUUUUUUUUUGUUAAAACAACCUGUCAUCAUGAGUCUGAGGACGUUAGCGGAGCGAGAUGACGACUCUUUUAAAGCUGAACGGAUAUUUUUAAUCAGCGUGAACUGGAUCCAUCGUGUUUUUGUGGACGAGGACGAUGAAGUGAAGGUCUGAUGUGGGAGCAACAUGAAACAUCAGGCGGAAUAUUUUUAGGAGCUUCUUCCACACCUCCACCUCCCGUCUCUCCAUCACUCCCUCUCUCUCCCUCUCCCUCUCUCUCUCUCUCUCUCUCUCUCUGGCUGAGUGCUGCUCUCUCUCUCUCUCAGCCUCUCAUCACAUUCAGCAGCUCUCAGCUCUGUGAGGAGGACGAGGAGGAAGAAGAGGAGGAGGAGGAAAGUAAAAUAGAGCAGCAGAGAGUCGAGGAUGAGGGCGAUGUGUAAUCUGCAGGAUUCUCUCUCUCUCGCCGACACUUUGGGAUUAUUUUGAACUUGGUUUGUUGAAUCGCCGUCGUCUUCCUCUUCCUUCAGCUCUGUCUGUGAUUUCUGUCUUUCUCUGCUGCUGCUGCUGCUGCUGCUGAUGAUGAUGAUGAUGAUGAUUCUCUGAAGACUUUAUAAAAAAGAUGUCUGAAAGUUGUUGACGGAGCGAUGUUGAAGAUGCAGUCGUGAGCGAGAAGAAAACAUCCAGACGUUGGUUCUGGCAGCUGUGGAUUCAUCGUUGGUGCAUUAAACUCCAGCGACUCGCAGCAGCUCCUGCAGCCGUCGGAGGGUCUGAAAAAGCCUGAAAACCAACGGAUGAAUUACCCAGCAUGCAUCGCUUUGUCGUCUUUAAAAUGGAAGAUCGCUGCUGUUCGGAUCGUCAAACAAAACAGAUCCAUCUUCAUUCAUAAAUAAAUGUUUCGCUGGCUGGUUGUGUAUCUCAGAGCUUCAGCGAGGUGUGAACGAUCUCAACUUAAGGUCGCGUUUGUUUGGCCGAGCUUUCGACCGUCGUCACACAGUCGUCGUUAAACUUCACUGAUGAUCAUCAUGAAACCAGCAUGACGUAGAAAUAUCACUUUUCAUGUUUAUUGUUUGUCGGCUGAAGAUGUUUUACGGAGACGAAGUUUCUUGAGAUUAGUCGUCAUGACGGCAGCGUCGUCGCCUCCUUGUGGAGGGAAGGAGAGCUGCAGGAUGUAAAUGUUUACUGACAUGUUGAAUAUACACGUUGUUUUCAUUUAAAGCUGUGAGAAGAAGAAUGUCUCAUCAUCAUCAGUUCUAGAGGACGUCUGUGAUGAAACCAGACGAACAUGUUGGAUGUAAUUUAACUUCUUAACAUUAAGUUGAAGGAUUCUGGAGGCAAACAUCAAGCAGCUGCUUCUCAAAGUGGAUCUGAAGUGUUUUGAAGUGGUUUGAUAUCAUGGAGCGACAAUAAGCAAGAACACUUUGAUCAAAAAAACACAUUUUUAGACUCUCGGUGGAUUCCACCAAUCAGACAUGACGUCCGUUUCGGACUAAGAAGCUUCAUCCUCACCGUCAGACUCGGAGUCGGAGCAGAUAUUUUGUCCUCGGUGGCUCCGGCCACCUCUCGGGGAGAUGGCGGCGGCCAUCGCCAGCUCCCUGAUCCGACAGAAGCGGCAAGCCCGCGAGUCCAACAGCGACAAGGUCGCCACCAACAAGAGGCGCUCGAGUCCCAGCAAAGACCCGCGGUCUCUGUGUGAGAGACACAUCUUCAGCGUCUUCAGCAAAGUUCGCUUCUGUAGCGGCAAGAAAAGACCCGUCAGACGGAAACCAGAGCCGCAGCUGAAGGGCAUCGUCACGCGUCUCUUCAGCGAGCAGGGUUUCUUCCUGCAGAUGCAGCCUGAUGGAACCAUCAGUGGAAACAAGGACGAGAACAGCGACAACACUCUGUUUAACCUGAUCCCAGUAGGUUUGAGGGUUGUGGCCAUCCAGGGAGUGAAGGCUGGACUCUAUGUGGCCAUGAACGCUGAGGGAUUCCUCUACACAUCAGAUGUCUUCACAGCAGAGUGUAAGUUUAAGGAGUCGGUGUUUGAGAACUACUACGUCAUCUACUCGUCCACGCUGUACCGGCAGCACGAGUCGGGCCGAGCCUGGUUCCUGGGCCUCAACAAGGACGGAGUCGUCAUGAAGGGAAACCGAGUGAAGAAAACCAAACCCUGCUCACACUUUGUCCCCAGACCCAUCGAAGUCUGUAUGUAUAAGGAGCCGUCGCUGCACGAGCUUGAGGAGAAGCUGCUGAAGUCCUCGCGGAGCCCGACGAUGAACAGCGAGGAGCGAGCGAGGAGUCUGGAGCGAGCGGAGCAGCAGCCGGAGGACUCCACAGAGCAGGAUGGGUCAUAGCCUGCAGCGACCCCCCCCCCCCACACAGGAGGAGGAGCAGGAGGCGAACUCCCGUUUUAACACUCCCUCUGUUCAGCAACAACAGCAACUACAACCACACCAACGACAACAACCGCCAUGACGACGGCGACAACAAAGAAAACAAAAAA